AUCUUCUGAAAGUUUGAAAGAUAUUAACGUAUUGCAAUAUCAAUCAUGAAGAAACCAAUUUUGUACAAAGUUGAGACAUAUAUUGUGCCUGGAAUGGAGAACUUAUCAAUAAUUAAUGAGAUAGAUGAUCUCAAGGUUACAAAUCAAUUUGAUAUCAAGAGCGAAAGUAUAUUUGAGAACAGUAUGCAAAACGAGAAAGAUACGUCGCUCGCUUCAAAUAAUAAAUACGAAGAAACCACGAAGUUUUCCACUGAAGAUAGCACAUUGAUUGGUAUAAAACUCGUGAAAGGCAUAACGAACGAGAAUGACAUUCUACGCGACGAACAUUUAGAUAACGAUAUCAUUAAAUAUUAUAACAAUGCGAAUUCUUGUCGUUUUAACGAACGUGUACAAAAAACGGAGUUUCAAGCAUCAAUUGGACCACAGGAAUCAUUAUAUCCUGCGAAACAAUUUAGCAGGACGAACAGUUUGAUGUCGAUUGACGAGAGAAGUGAGAACUCCUUGGAUUCCAAGCUGAACAAUUUCUGCCGUCACGGGUACAAGAAUGGCUGUACCGCAUCGAUCCCAUCACCUGAAGAAGUUAGCGAGGAGAUCUUCAGAGAAAAUUGGUUGCACAAAAUUGAGAUCUUAAGGAAUCGUGAAACCAUUUUACGGGAAAAGGAAAUAAAUCUGCAAAAAAGAGAGAGGGAGCUAUUUAGAAAAGAGAAAGAACUAAGGAUCACAGAGAGACUUCUCAAUGAUAAAAUGAAACAGAUAGAGCAACAGCUAAAAUACCAAAAAGACAUGGUAGUGGAAAAGACACUGGAACAAGCGGCACAAAUUUUAUACGAUAUUGAGAAACCUAAUAAUCUUGUAGAAGAGAAAAUUCUGAGAAAAGAUGAUAUUUCAAAGAAAGAAGAUAUUCUGAAAAAGGAACAAAUUUCAAAAAAAGAAGAGAUUCCGAAAAAAGAAAUCCCAAAAAAUCUUCAAUCUAUUAUCAAUCCAUACGAAAAAAAGGAGGAAAAGCAUUUGAUGCGUCCAGAUUCUUUCUUGAAAAAAUCUUUUUCUUCGAAGACUCAUUCAUAUGCUACUAUAAAGUACAAAGAGCGUCCUACGAUGAAUUACGACGACUUAAACUCAUCAUUGUCAGCCGCCAGCGUAGAUACAUUUAACAUACAAACGUCGGAGUUGUUUAAUCCAAUGCUUUAUAAGAAGCCACAUGCGUUCACAAGAUCAGUAAGCGAGCGAUGGACCAGACACAAAGAUAUCCCAGGAAAACUGCAAAGAGUAGCUGAGGAGAAACCCGAGCACAUGAUCGAAGAGAAGAAAAUUUUUCGGAAGUUUAGCGAUAACAUAUGCGCUUUGCAGGAGAAGGAGACAAGGUUUCAGAAUUACGGACCCAUAGAUGGUAUUCCUGAUGAUAUUCUAGGCAAGGCAGAACGUAAUAAUAAAGACAAGCUGUCUUCUUAUCUUAAUUUGGAAACUGGCGAGAGAUACAGCCAUCGAGAUCAAGCCAACACUUUCAAGGAUAGGCCGGUGUCUUGGACAAGCGAAACGGACAAAUGGAUGCAAAAGCACCAGAUGUAUAAUUCAGAGACUAAAUCGAUUGAGAAUAAGGAGAACGUCGUGUGCAAUAUCUAUAAAGCCAAGAAAAAAACGAAGAAAAAGUCGAAAAAAUUCCCUCUAUUUCGUUAGCACCUCCAUACCAAUGGUAUUUAAUAACAUACUAAAAUGAGAAUAAUAAUAGUUAUUAUUGAUCAUUUGCAUUACUUUAAUUACUCGCAUUGCACUGAACUAAUACAUAUUAAAAACUGUUUUAAGACGACGACCUUAAUCUCAUAAUAUAGCACAGGAAUUUUACUUCUAACAUUAUUUCUUAUUUGCGCAAUUCACUUAAUCAUCUUACUACUUCUAUUCGAUUUAUUAUUAUAUUAUACUGAAGAAGACCAAAAAAGUAGUUGACAUCUAUU